CGCCGCUCGCGGCCCGGACGGCGCCCCGGAUGGAUCAACCACCGGCGCGCGUUUUCCAGGCGCUAGAUCUAUCCUAGGAUCGCACGCAACUGGAGCUCCGCGUCUCUGGUAAGACUUUUUAGAGCUACAGCGGCUUGAUGUCUUAGUCUCUAGCGUCAAACAACAGGCUGGCUAUGGAUUCCUUCGAUAGUCCAAGCGUGGUUUGUCACUUGUGUCGCAUCGUGCACGGUCGAAUUUCGGUGUCCACUCGGGCCCAUUCGCCCCCCUCCGUGGCAAUUUGCUUUCCUUCUUCUUUCUUCUUUCGGCUCUUCUCUUUUUCCAUUUAUCUAACCACAAGGAAGUGUCCGGGGGUUUGGGAACCUGACGGUUUGUUUGUGAGCCGGCGGAGUGGAGUCGGUCAAAGGUGUCGAGUGGCAGAAAGAAAUCUCUGCCGGAAUGUAAGAUGUCAUUGAUUGUGUCGUCCAUUGCAACAGUGGUCAUUUGCAGCAGUGGAGAUGAGCUCCUCUGCUGUGCGGUGAAAGGUCCUAAAAGGAUUCUCAUGUCACUCUCAAGUCGGGCUUAUAAAUACCUCGUUGCUUCUGGCUGUGGUAUCUCGCCGCAGUGAAAGCAGCAGUGGUCUCCCGCUCGCGUUUCGUGAGGUUGCUGUGAAAGUCGUCGGUGUUAGCGCCUUGACAUUCUCGAGUGCUGCUCGGCAAAGAUUGCAUCCCCGAGUGCUCAGCAAAGUUGUAGCGAUUCUUCUCUUGCUUCUUGUAGAGCCAUGGCCGCGGCGUUUCAGAUGUCUGCUGUUGUCUACGGGGGGAGGAGAUUUUCUCCUCGGAUGGCUCCGGCAGCAAAAAGUGUCAUGACGCGGUCGCAACUUAGCUACUUCUCGGGUGUUGGACACAGAAGGAGCUCACCUGUGACGCAGGAUGGCCAUUUUGUGAAGCUCUUCGCCGAGGCCUUCAAGGUGCUCAGCUCCGCCAGCACUGUUGAGCUGCUAGGCUAUGCAACUUUCCAAAAGCAAGAGCAAGAGGGCAUUCAAGCGAUCACGCUACAGCUGAUUAGCACCAAGGCAGACUCUGCCACACGACUUGAAGUUUUAAGCGACAUUGCAACUGUGGACUGGCACUUGCAUGAUUCUUCGCCUUCUGCGAGUGAUAUCAAGUGUCCUGUCAAGUUUCUCAUUCGAAAGGAUUUUGGUGAACCUGGAGCAAUUCUUGUGAACAGCGGCUAUGGCACGCCAAUGCUGCUGAAGUCACUAGUCCUGGAGAUGCCAAAUAAAACAACCAUUGGUUUCUUGUGCGACACUUGGAUUUCAAACGGGCAGCAGCGUGUUUUCUUUGCAAACAAGGCUUAUCUUCCACUGGACACACCUUCCGGGUUGAUGAAGCUUCGGACGCGCGAGCUAGCAAGCAUCCGAGGCAAUGGGAGUGGAGUUCGUGUCAAUGGCGAACGCAUCUACGACUACGAUGUCUACAAUGAUCUCGGAAAUCCUGACUACAGUCCAGACUUGCUGAGGCCAGUUUUGGGAGGAUCCAGCACUUAUCCAUAUCCUCGAAGGUGUCGAACAGGUCGCAUGCCAUCCAACACAGACAACACUUUUGAGAGCUCGGCUUCUAGCGAGAAAGAAUUGUAUCUCCCGGCUGGUGAGGCGCCUGCUUUCGCUACGCAGUGUGGUGCAGCAGAUAAUGCUGUUCAGUCUCUUUACCAACUCAUUCCUGAGAUUCACAAGGCUUAUGCCUCGAGGCCUUUCUUCGACAACGUCGGCGAGCUUAGAAGCCUCUUCACCGAAGGCUUCAAUCUAAAGCCGGAGGAAAGUAGGACAACCGACAACAACUGCUGUUUGAAGUUCCCUUUGCCGCAAGUUCUUGGAGCUCAUCCCGACGCCUGGAUGCUCGAUUCCGAGUUCGCAAGACAGACAAUUGCAGGAUUGAAUCCUAUUACCAUCGAAUGCCUGAAGGUGUUUCCUCCUCAUCGACUCGAUCCAUCGGAAACAUCUUCUCUAAACGCAGCUCAUAUCGAAAGCCAGUUGGGAAGCUUGAGCGUCAGCGAGGCGUUGGAAGCGAGUAGAUUGUUUGUCCUGGACUACCAUGACGCUUUCAUGCCUUACUUGGAGAAGAUCAACGCGCAAGAGGGAGUCCGGUCCUAUGCCUCUCGGACAAUAUUCUUCUUGACAGAUGCUGGAACUCUGACUCCAGUGGCGAUUGAACUGAGCCUCCCAUCGCCCGGGGAGGCUAUCAACAGAGUGUUCGUUCCCGGGGAGACUUCCGGCGAGAGAGAUUGGUUGUGGGAGCUCGCCAAGGUCCACGCAUCAACAAACGAUGCAGCAUAUCACCAGGCCAUCAGUCACUGGUUGAGAACUCACGCAGUGCUCGAGCCUUUCAUCAUCGCUACGCACAGGCAGCUGAGUGACCUCCAUCCAGUGAAAGGCCUGCUUCUACCACACCUCAAGAGCACCAUCUCCAUCAACUCAGAAGCUCGGAGGCUGCUUAUCUGCGCUGGUGGAAUCAUCGAGAGAGCGUUCUUCACCGGGAAGUACACGCUGGAGAUCAGCUCCCUCUUCUACAAGAGCUCGUGGAGAUUCGACGAGCAAGGCCUGCCAGCUGAUCUUCUCAAACGAGGAAUGGCUGUCAGGGAUCCCACAGCAAAGCACGGCCUCAAGCUCCGCAUUGAAGACUACCCAUAUGCGGUGGAUGGCCUGGAGAUCUGGUCGUCGAUCCAAACCUGGGUGGACGACUACGUCAAUAUCUUCUACAUGUACGACGUUUCAGUCUGCGCGGACACGGAGCUCCAGAACUGGUGGAGGGAGAUCACCGAGGUCGGCCACGCUGACAAGAAAGAAGGCUGGCAAGAUCUGAGCACCAAAUCCGCGUUGAAAGAGGUCCUCACGACUGUCAUCUGGCUAGCCUCGGCCCACCACGCGGCCGUGAACUUCGGCCAGUUUGCUUACGCUGGUUUCACUCCAAACCGCCCCACCAUCACGCACCGGUUCAUCCCCGAGGCCGGGAGUGAGGAGCACCAGGAGCUGCUCCAGGACCCGGAGAAGUUCUUCUGCUCGACGCUGGCCAACCGGCUCGAGACCAUAACUCUGCUGUGCGCGAUCGAGCUGCUGUCGAGCCACCUGCCCGGGCAGGAGUUCCUGGGGGAGCAGCCGAGCUCCAAAUGGACGUCGGACCAACGCGUGAUGGCUGCCUUCGAGAGCUUCUCGCAGAGACUGGAGGCCGCCGAGGACGAUAUCGAGUUGAGGAACGAAGAGCCGAGCCUGGAGAACAGGAGAGGACCGGCGGAGGUGCCCUUCACUCUGCUGUGCCCGUCGUCGGGGCUCGGGCUGACUGGUAGAGGAGUUCCGAAUAGCGUAUCAAUCUGAUAGGAUGACCGGCUCGAGAGAGUAAAAGUUUUGGCGAAGAGAGCUAAUUUGUAGUUCGCGAGCGUUGGAGAAUCGCUUUCUCGUGUCUUGUAUAUAACAUCCUUCGUAAAAGUUCCAUAAAUGUUAUAUAAUAUAACUGACGACGUUUCUU